CAACCGUCCAACCCGAACGAAGGCAGCAGAGAAAACGAAAGCUGGUUUUGGCUUUUGUUUUUUAUGUUUCUCUCUCUCUUUCUCUCUCGCUGAGAGAGUCUUCACUCUUUAACAGUCGAAACUGAUUUUGAAAACGAUGAGAGAUAGGCUGGUAGGACAGAGAGGGGCUUGAUCUACGGAAACCCUAAUAACUUUGUUCUGCAAGCAGAGAAAAGCUGCGAUUUCUGGGUAUAGUGAACAGUGUUUUGACAAAGGGUUGAAGCGGAAGGUCCUUUAAUGGCGGUUUAAUCGAUGUUUAUUGGUUGGGAGAAGAAAUAUAACACAGGAGGUGUGCUCAUGGCGAAAAGGACGCGUUUUUGACGGUUCGUUGCGGAAAAACGAAUCUGGAUUGUUUUUCGAUUGUCGGAGACAGGAAUUUGGACUUGGAGACAACGAUUCCAAGCUUUCAAAGAAUCAAGGCCUCUCCCUUUUGGCUGUUGUCGUGGUGUUUUCUUAGUGUCGCGUCACGAUCCUCGGAUUUCUUCGAUCUUCUUCGUAUCUGAUUCGAGAACGAGCGGAGAACGUACAAGAAAUACUAGUGAAGCCCCCUGUUUCCUCACGUUCCGAGGAUAGCUCAUCCGUCUUUGCUUGCUGGAAGCUUUCUUUUCCAUUUUUUUCUCUUUUUCGAGCUUUGAUUCUUGGUGGAGAAAAGAUUAGAUUCGGCUCUUGUUUGAUUUCUUCGAUACUAGCAGUAGUUGCUUGCAUUGCUCUGCGUGGUUGGGAAAAGGAGAUACUUUAUAUAUCUCUGAGAGCUUUUUCAGACGAAAAGCAGUGUUAGAAGGAGAUCUUUCGAGUCUGAAAAGAGCGUCGUAGAGGUGAAGUUAGUGUUGGACCUUAAAAUGUACGAGUUAUUGAGGGAUUCAGACGGUGAAAUCGGUUCUGAAACCCUAAAUUCUAGCCAAAGUUCGAUGAGCAGCGAUAGCUGCAGUAGCUUCAGUCGUCUCUCAUUUGACGCUCUUGAAAUCCCCGCCAAAGCUUCUUACUCUCAGGAGAGCUUUGCCUUGAAGCCUCACCGGUCGUCGGAUUACGCGUGGGAAGCCAUUCGUUCCGCCACUUUCCACCGCAAAAACGGCUUGAGCUUUAGAGACUUCAAGCUCAUUCGCCGAAUCGGGAGCGGCGACAUUGGGAGCGUUUAUCUGUCCCGUCUAAGAACACACGGCGCCGGCGAAGACGGCUGCUAUUACGCGAUGAAGGUGGUGGAUAAAGAAGCGUUGGCAUUGAAGAAGAAGGUCGAGAGGGCGGAAACGGAGAAGCGGAUUCUGAAGAUGUUGGACCAUCCUUUCCUGCCAACCCUUUAUGCAGAAUUCGAAGCUUCGCAUUACACUUGCGUAGUCAUGGAGUUCUGCUCUGGUGGUGAUUUGCAUACUCUCAGACACAAGCAGCCUGGAAAACGUUUCUCGUUGAGCUCUGCAAGGUUCUACGCAGCGGAGGUUCUUGUAGCUUUGGAGUACCUCCACAUGAUGGGGAUUAUCUACAGAGAUUUAAAACCAGAGAACGUUUUGGUUAGAUCCGACGGUCACAUCAUGUUAUCAGAUUUUGACCUCUCUCUUUGCUCUAAUGCAAUCCCAGCCGUUGAAUCCCCUGACUCAUCGCCCGACCCCACAACUACUUCAUCGCUGUCCUCGACUAGCCGGGCGCGUACACGUUCGUCCUCAUCGUUGUCUUGCCUUUACAACCGGCUCUUCCGGUCGCGUAAGGUGCGGACCGUGUCAAUGAACCGCCGGUUCGUUGCAGAACCGGUUUCCGCCCGUUCAUGCUCCUUCGUCGGGACUCACGAGUACGUAGCACCAGAGGUGGCUGCCGGGAAGUCGCACGGAAACGCCGUAGAUUGGUGGGCCCUUGGGAUCUUCAUCUACGAGCUUAUCUACGGCCGUACACCCUUUUCGGGCGAGACAAACGAAGCUACGCUGCGAAACAUAGUGAAAAAGCCGUUGUUUUUCCCGACGGAAUCUCCGGCUAGUGCGUCAGAAGUCCAUGCACGUGAUCUGAUCUCCGGCCUACUGGUCAAAGAUCCGGCGACGAGGCUGGGGUCGAAAAGGGGAGCGGCCGACGUUAAGACACACCCCUUCUUCAAGGGAUUGAACUUCGCCCUUAUACGGUCCUAUAAACCACCGGGCAUUCCGAGUCUCCGGCGCGUCUCGUCCUGCCACGAGCGGUUGAAGAAAUCGUCUUCCUCCAAGUUCGACUACUUCUGAGUUCUGAGUUUUGGAUACCUCCACGUGCCACGUGGCAAGAUUUUUGAUCUUCCUACCCAGCACAGUGCGACACUGUAAAUUCGGAUUUUCUCUUCUCAUCUAUUGUACUUCGACAGUUAAUACUACUGGAACGUUGGCCGAAA